AACCAGCUGUCAUUCGCUUGCACUCGAGAAGUUAUUUUCAUCCGCGACGGACGUAUAAUUUUAUUUCUGCGAGAAAUUUCGUUGCAUCGCAGCAGUGGCAUUUCGGAUAUAAAUUAGCCUACAAAUUGCCCUCCGUGGCGUCGCUUUUUCCGCUGUUAUGGGAAAACGGACCCUUACAUUGAACUGGCGGAAAUCGGAUCCCUGCUUCGUGAAAUCGCGACGCGCGUGAGGUGUAAAAUUUUGUAUUCGAUCGGUGGAGGCAAGCAGCAUUCGUCAUCGUUUGUGCUACUGGAGGAAAAGUUCCUUGUACCAUACACAGGGGUGGGAAGUUUUUUCUGCAAUAAAUUUACUUCCUAGUUCAUGUGCAAAUGUGGUGUAAACAGGCAGCGUAUGUGAGGAAAAUAACCUAAAGCUAAUUCAUAGUGGUCGUGCUAGUUUGGCUGGAUAAAUUAAGGAAAAUUGUACCUUAAACAAAGGGAAAGUACACUGGUGGUCUUCAUCUGUGGUGUGUGAAAAGCACUAGAUUGUGAUGCUGUUGCAGCUAAAAAUAGGCAUCUGAUCUACGUCGUUUCGAAUGUAAAUCUUGUUGGAUCUUAUUGGCGUGCAAAGUCUUUUGUUGGAAAGUUCGGCUGAAUUUCCUCGUAACAAUGGAAAGUUCAACGAAGGAGACAGAAGUGGACGACAAUCCCGAUCUGGAUCCCAGAAUCCAGGUCGAACUGGAAAAUCUCAAUACAGCAACAGAUGAUAUUAACAAGCUAGAAAUUGAACUGGAGGAAGCCAAAUCUACCUUCCGGAUUCUGAUGAACGAAUCCACCCGGCGACUGAAACUGUCUUCCAAGAAACUGGGCAGCUGUAUCGACAAGGCGCGACCGUACUACGAAGCACUCGAGAAAGCCAAGGCAGCGCAGCUGGAAUGCCAGGCGGCGGCCAUCAAGUAUCAGCGGGCCAACGAAAUCCAUGCGGCGGCAAAGGAAACGGUUGCUCUGGCGGAGCAACGCUUCCUUAGCAACUCCCAGGAGUGGCAGUUUGAUAACGCUUGGCAGGAGAUGUUGAAUCAUGCUACGAUAAAGGUGACGGACGCCGAGAAACAAAAAACGGAAAGUGGUACCGAGCAUCAGAAAAAAGCGAAAAUUUUUCAUGAAGCGGAAUUGAAAGUACAACAACUGGAGGAACGUUGCCGACGCAGCAUCCAGAAAUCGAGGCCAUACUUUGAGGAGAAGCAACUGUGCCAGGAACAGCUGGAGGCCCAGAAAGGUCGCAUUCAGCAACUAGAGGAUCAGAUAGCUGCCGCGAAAACAGCGUACGGAACAGCUCUUAGGAACCUGGAGCAGAUUAGCGAAGAAAUUCACAAACAACGUGGAGAUCUUAGUAUGGCUGCCCCCUCUGGUCCGCGGGAACCGGGAGUCGGAGCUGAGUUAUCCAGUUUGCCUCCAUCAGCGUCUUCGGUGACUUUCAGCCCAUCCGCUAACACGUACAACAAUUUCAGCAGUAAUAUGCCUGACAUAUCGACUGAGCUGGACAAAUGUGAGAUUCGUUCGGUGGGAAGCACAUCGAUUGCCACCAGUUCCGCCGUUAGUGAGAAGGACCCUACCGAUGAUUACAUGAACGAUGCCGAUUUGAAUUUAGAACUACUGCGACAGAAAGUGAAAACAUUGGCUGUCCGACCGGUUGAAGGUGGGGAUGGCCAACAGCAGGAACAGGAAGUGUGGGAACAUGAGCUUAACGCCACCGUCGAUAAGCUGGAUCAUCUGAUGAUGCUUCGAGAGUGUUCUGGCCGUGGUUCAAGUGUCGGAAGCCCUACCGAGCACGUCCAGUCCAACAACUAUGCCAGUUUGCCAACGACACCGAAACAUCAUCAGCACAUGUCGCCGGUGUUGGCGGAAAAACAAAAGAUAAAAAUGUUCAAAAAAUUAGACCCACUGCCGCUGGCGAAUGUCUCGAUGUACGCUCUUCCAACGUAUCUUAGCGGUAGCGGAAUAACACCGUGCUGCUCCAUUAACACUCAACCCGUUCCUAUGGGACACAAUGAUCUGGUAACGCCUAGUAACGAACCCGUCGAAUCUGCUGUUGGGUUCAAGAGCAAACGGAAGAUGUCAAUGUAAAAAUCGGACCAGAGUGAUCGAGUUAAAAAAAUCAGCGAGAGCUCUGGGAGUAUCAAUAGUUUUACGGCAUGGCGUCCCAACGUGAUUUAAAUUUAGUUUGCAUUGCGCUUUUCGUGUAUGUUUAUUUUCUACGUUUUACUAGGAAUAACAAAAUAUUAACAGACGCAAACCACAAAGAAUACGAAUACUACUAAGAAUUAGUACCAAAAGGAACAAAAAUAGACAAGUGAUGUAGUAAGAAAAAGUUAUCUGCAGUUUCAGAGGUUUGAAUCUGGUUUGCGAACGCGAGUUAGGUUAUCGUCGCUUUUUAUCUGCCCGAUGUAUUUCGGUUUUCUAUGCCGCCAUCCAAGUAUCCAAAGCUUAUUGAGUCGAACAAUUGAGUUGUGUAGUUUUUGAAAAUUUGCAUUAGUGGACAUUUUUUAAUUGUAUGUUUGCCUCAUUAAGCUUUUGAACUCGUUUCCUCUUAUAAGACUUCAAGAAGGAGAAUUAGGUUCAUUCAACGAUGUCUCUAAAUCGUUGUAAUCUGGAUUAGUUCAUAUUAUCUAAAUAAAAAAAAAGUUGAUAAAAUUUUGUGAGUUCCAAAGGAAUUAAAUCAAGCAUGUUCAAUUAGUACACUAUAACUAUGUGAAAUAGGUAGCAAUUUUGGUUUUACCAUAUUGAGAAAAAUUAUCGUUCCGUCAGGUCAUGCGCGUUCAAGAACCGCAACAGUUGCCUACGAAGCACUGCUGGAUACAAAAUAAACUACGUUGAGUACAAAGGAUCGUAUACUUGUUUGGAAAAAUAUGUAUUUUUAACACGUUGAUUAACAAAAUAAUUUAUGAAAUGAAAUUCGGACAUUCUUGAACUGUUCUUUUCUCGAAGACCGUCAGCAGGAAUCAAUGAUAGAAAAACUAUCGCAUCAGAACCACAAGAAACUGCAGUGAGCAUAAGUUCGCAACGUCGAUAUAAAGUGUUACCGUUUAAUGGUAACAGCCCAGCACACGGCUGGGCAACUUCACGAAGGCAUUCUCCAUACAUCUGGGCGGAGUUCGGUUGACAAAUUGAGUGAAGUGUGGUUUUAUUGUAAAUAGCGUACAGAAAUACCUUAAUAGCAUACAAAAGUUGAUCGGAAACAUCUCUAAUAGCAUUACAGUAAGAAAAUAAUAUCCUAAGAAAAAUAAUUGACUAACAUCCUAUCUCAACUGAAUCAGCUGGAUAUGUGUAUUGAUUACGAAGUUUUGGAGCCUAUUGCGGAUGUCGAUUAGCUGUUUCUUUGCUUGACUAAGUCAGAUAGAAGGAUAUUCGAAUUGACUUCUGUGAUAGGAUUCUUGCUUUCGAACAGAAAGUUUCUAAUCGAGAAACUAGUGUACGCAGAGUUUUAAUAAAUAGAAAACAUGAUACAUA